CUGGUCCUUUAGGAAGAGAGGUUUAAGAGCGACAGAACUAAAACCCACAAAGGUGAAAGCCACGUUGGUUUAAUUUAAACCCCUCUCUCUGUCUCUCUGUCUCUCUCUCGCUCUGUAAAAUAAGUGACACGAAGAUGUUUCUGCGACCAGCAGCAGCUAACCUGAUCAAGAGGCGUUUCCGUUUGCCCUCUCGAACUGUCUCUUCAACUUCCGGAGCAACUACCAUUCCACUCUCCAGCCGUACCAAAUUUUCUUAUCAAUAUCAUGGUCCUAAAGAUUUUAGUUGGAGGAUGAAUUAUAGUCACAGGGACCCUCGUGUAUGGCUUUUUCUAUCUGGAAAUGCAGCAAUUAUUCUUGCGAUACAUUCCAACACUGUCUUAGCAAAAGAUGCAUCAAUUGAAUCAAGUCCUGAAAAUGACAUGGAAGGGGCUGAAGCCAUGGGAUUACGCAAGAUUGAGGACGGCUCUGUCAUAUCAAAUAUACAUACUUCUAAGUGGAGAGUUUUUACUGAUAAAGGGAGGGAUUUAUUCCUUCAGGGAAAAUUGGAGGAAGCUGAAAAGCUUUUCCUCUUAGCUUUACAAGAAGCUAAAGAAGGUUUUGGGGAGACGGAUCCGCAUGUUGCAUCUGCAUGCAACAACCUAGCAGAGCUCUAUAGAGUGAAUAAGGCAUAUAAUAAAGCAGAGCCAUUGUACUUGGACGCCAUCAGCGUACUUGAGGAAUCAUUUGGUCCUGAAGAUAUACGAGUUGGGUCUGCCUUUCACAACCUGGGGCAGUUCUAUAUUGUGCAACGGAAGCUGGAAGAGGCUCGCAUUUGCUAUGAGCGUGCUUUGAAGAUCAAGGCCCGUGUUCUGGGUCUUAAUCAUACAGAUUAUGCAGAUACUAUGUAUCAUCUUGGAACGGUGCUACAUCUCCAAGGAAAAGGAAAGGAUUCAGAGGCCCUUAUUCAGGAUUCUAUUAGAAUACUCGAGGAUGGUGGCCAAGGGGAGUCAAUAAUGUGUGUCAAGAGAAUGCGAAAUCUUGCUCAGAUAUAUAUGAAAUCCAACCGUCUUGAGGAGGCUGAGAAGGUACAAAGAAAGAUUCUGCAUAUAAUGGAAUUGACAAAGGGAUGGAAUUCAUUGGACACGGUAAUAACAGCUGAAGGGCUUGCAUUGAUCCUACAAUCGGCUGGGAGCUUAAAGGAAGCUGAAGAGCUUCUUGAAAGGUGUCUUGAUGCUCGGAAAACCUUACUUCCUCAAGACCAUAUUCAGAUUGGUGCAAACAUGCUUCACAUUGCUAGAGUGGCAAUGCUCAAUUCCAACCAACUAAAGAAGGUGGACACUUCUAAAGCAAUUUGUGAGCUUGAGAAGGCCAGAGAUAUUUUAAACGAGUCCAUAAGGAUAGCACAGUCUUCUUUAGAUAAAUCAAUGAGGCAAAAUAGAAAGAUACAUAGUUAUGGAGCAUCAGGUGACAUUGGAAAGAAUUUUCGUGUGGCAUUGGUCAUACUGUUGCAAGCGCUUGAUGCUCUUGGCCUUUUAGCGAUCAAUAAGCAAGAGUUACAGGAGUCAAAGCAGGAUGAGUGUUUACCUAACUCCGAAGCUGAGAAUGCACUAUUAAGAUGCAUUUCUACUUACAAAGAGUUUGUAACUGAGAUGUCAAUUGCCGAGUUUCCUGAAGUAAAGGCAGAGUAUCUUAAAUGUUUGAAGCAUCUUUUGAGCUUAAAUGGUAAUAGCACUACCCAAACAUCACAGCAAUCUACCAGAGUCAAUUUGCAAGAUCUGAGAGAUGAAAUCAAGCGUCUGGAACUUCAACUCUCUCCUUCUAGGAAUCGUAAAAUCUAAGCCGCCAGGCUGCCGAUUCUUGUCGCAGCAGCAGUUACAGCCCCACAUGAAUGAAGAAAAUCCUCUUUGUAGUUAAGCCAAUUAGCACCAGCUAUAACUCUCAAUCAGUGUUGGUAUAAAUUCCAGUUUCCGUGUAUUUUAGUAUUGGCUUUACUUUUGGUUUAAGUUUGAUGUAUUUCUAAUUUAUUUUCAGCAAUACUAAUUCUGAUGCAAAACCUAUAUCCCAUUUAC